UUGACGACUCCGUAAAAUGAAUGAAUGUUGGCGACCGCUCACGCCCACAAGCACUAACCCAAGCAAGAGACGCGCGCACACCUCAACGCACGCACAGUUGCACGCACGUGCCUUCUUCUAUGCAAAUAGAAAAAGGCACGUGCUUCCUGGCACAUGCAUUAUUGCGCACACACGGUCACAAUGGGGAUUUGGUGACUACCUCUAAUAACACCAUCAUGUCACCAAAAAGGCUUUUCAAGUAUGUCUCUGUUCGCACCUCCGAGCACAUCUCUAAACAGAUUGACUGACAAUCGUCCGGAAGUGUCCCCUUGCAAGCGUGGCCUCCCUUUUGAGGGCGCAGCCGCGCAUGCGCAGCCACCCGCAUGUUGAGAGAAUGGAAGGAGGAAGCUAGCCGAUGACACUUUGGGCCGGGCCACCAGCUUCCUCCUUCCUGUGUUGUCAUCGUCAAACGCAGCCGCCGCGCUUGCACCAAAAGCCGUUUUUGCACUUUGGACAGGAAACACCUAAUGGCAUGCUUCCUGUCGGACAAAUUUGCAACUGCAGUGAGCAGUCAUAGCCGGCGCCCGCCCGGAGGAGGCUGCGCCGGCGCCAUGACGGAGGACAAAUGCCCGCAGCUGCUGGACUACUUUGUGGUAGCGGGUCUGGACCCGGCGGGACCCUGGCGGCCUCUGGCACAGGCGGCGGGCCGCCGGGGGGCGGAGCCCGUGACUGAUCUGGCGGUGAUCGCCCGCAGCCUGGGCGAGGAUGUGCCACAGGGAUUCACCUGCAUUGACAAGUCGCUGGGCGGCCACUCGGCCGAGCUGAGCGCCGGCCUCAUCAACAACCCGCGCCUCUACCUCUGCUACAGGAGGGGCCUCCACAAGCCCCCCCUCCUCGAGCUCGGGGUGUUGUACGAGGGAAAGGAACAGCCCAAGGUGGGCUGGAACGUGAUCGAGACCACGCCCUACAGCCGCUCGGCCAACCUGAGCUCCGCUGCGGGCCCGGCGGCGCACCGCGUCUUCUUGACGUACCGCCGAGCGGCGGACGAGCGAGGCCCGCACUCACUGGCUAUAACCGACAUCAGCGUGCUGCUGCCCGGCAAGGGUGAGGUGGCGCCGCACACCUUCAGCCGCGUGGACAAGAGCCUCAACACGGGCAUGUGGGGUCCGGCCGUGUUUGUGUGCUUCAAGCGGGCAGUGGCCAAAGCCAACGCACUGCUUUACGAAGCGGCGCUGCUGAGCCGCUACCCUGCCUGUGACCGGGAUGCCUUCCCGCUGCCCGAGUCGGUGCCUGUCUUCUGCCUCCCCAUGGGUGUGGCUCUGGAGAGCUGGCCUGCCGACGCCAAGUACCGGCUGCCCGUCUUCUCCACCUUCGUGCUCACCUCGGCCAGCGGCGACAAGGUGUACGGCGCGGCCAUCCAAUUCUACGAGGCAUUCCCUCGGGAGGCGCUGUCUGAGCACCAGAGCGUGCGCCUGGGCCUGCUGAGUGUGCUGGACCGCCGGCCUGUCCCUGAGCGCAGCCUGCAGGCCAAGAAGAGCAUCUGCGUGCUCUCGCACUGGCCCUUCUUUGACGUCUUCCAGAAGUUCCUCACCUUUGUCUACCGAUACUCUGUCUCCGGACCGCAUGUGCUGCCCCUGGAGAAGCACAUCUCCAGCUUCAUGCACAACGUUCCCUUCCCGUCCCCUCAGCGGCCUCGCAUCCUGGUUCAGCUUUCGCCGAAUGACAACCUUCUCCUGUGCCAACCUGUUUCCUCGCCGCUGCCCCUCAGCGGCGCAAGCUUCCUGAAGCUCCUGCAGAACCUGGGCCCGGCCAAUGCCUGCACGCUGCUGCUAGCCGUGCUGGUGGAGCACAAAGUCCUGCUGCAUUCGCUGCGGCCCGACGUCCUGACGGCCGUGGCCGAGGCGCUUGUUUCGAUGACCUUCCCGCUACGCUGGCUGUGCCCCUACAUCCCGCUGUGCCCACUCCAGAUGGCCGAAGUGCUACUAGCGCCCGUGCCCUUCAUCGUGGGCGUGCACUCCAGCUACUUUGACCUCCACUGCCCUCCCGCCGACGUGGUCUGUGUCGACCUGGACACCAACACGCUCUUCCAGUCAGACGACAAGAAGCUGUUGUCAUGGCGAUCGUUACCCAGAAAGCUGGCCAAGACGCUGUUGGGUGCCCUGGGCAACCUGCACAAGACACUGGAGCAGAUUUGCUCUCCGGGCCAGGAGGAGGCCACGCUGGAGUUCCUGCUGACGGACUUUGACCAGACAUACCGUCGGCAGAAGCAGCUGGAGGCCGACAUCCAGGAAGCCUUCCUGCGCUUCAUGAGCGUGCUGCUGCGUGGUUACCGCGCCUUCCUGCUGCCCAUCACACAGCCGUCCUCUGCCACCGCCACCGACUGCAGCUCCCUCUUCAACCUGCAGGGCUUCCUGAAGUCUCGCGAGCGUACCCAGCAGAAGUUCUACUGCCAGCUGACGCGCACGCAGAUGUUCACGCAGUUCAUCGAGGAGUGCUCCUUCGUCAGCGACCGCCACGCCUGCCUCGAGUUCUUCGAUGAGUGCGUGCAAAAGGUGGACGUGGACAAGCCGGAGGAUGUCCGCCUGGUGGAAGUGGACGAGAGCCACUGCGGCGAGCGCACCGUCUUCAUCAUGCCGCCCGAGCAGCCCACCCAAGACGACGGCUCAGAGUGCCCGGCCCGCUACAGUUACGACACCUUCCCAGCCUUGAGGGCAGAGCUCUUUGACCGCCCGCUGGACCGACUGUACGUCCCCGCCAAAGGCAGCGCGCCCAGUAGCCCCGCCCCGAGACGCACCAAACAGGAGUUGAAGGUGGCACAGCGGCGUGCGCAGAGCUGCUGCGGCUCGCCCGACAUGUGGUGCAAGUGUCUGCUGGGUCACAUGUACGCCCUCUGGUUCAUCUGCCUGCCCACCUUUGUGCGCGCCCAGAGCACCAAGGUGCCUGCCCUCCAUGCCGCCUUCGACGUCCUCAAGGACACAGAGAGCAGGAAGGUGCUGCUGCCUGACGAGGUGUGUUACAGAAUCCUGAUGCAGCUGUGCGGCCAGUACGGUCAGCCUGUGCUUGCCGUGCGCGUCCUCCUGGAGAUGAAGAAAGCGGGCGUCACACCCAACACCAUCACGUACGGAUACUACAACAAGGCCGUCCUGGAGAGCAAAUGGCCGUCGGCCAAUCGGGGCGGGCGCUUGCUUUGGGCCAAGCUGAGGAACGUGCUGCUGGCCAUUGCCCUCUUUAGGCAGCCAGUCAAAAUGCGCCGCCGCGCCCGAGCCGUUCCGGAAGAGCGCUGGCCCCACCCUCACUUGCCUCUGAUUCGUCAAGCCAGCUGGAGCGGCCUGAGCGAAAGCUCCAGUCAUGAAUCUCUGACGGGAUCCCUCGCCAAGAGCAGCAGCCUGAGCAGCAUCAAGACGCCUGCACAAACCACAAGCAACGGGAAGUGGGGCCGCUGCCGUGGCAGCGUAUCCGGCAAGCCCCCCCCGGGGCCCCCCGCUGGGGUCCUGGUACGUCGCAGCGACAUCUGCUUGUCCGGCUUCUACACCGCUGCCGAGAACAACAGCGACUGGGAGGCGGGGGCCAGGUUGGGAAGAGCGGCGAGCGCGUGCGAGACGGCGUCGGUGGACGAGAAUGACAACAAAGUGUCGCCGUCGGGCCGAGGCCUGGCGGGGCGGCUGCAACGGCUCCUGACGCCCACACGGCACCGGGCGGCGGUCCGCCGCGCUGCCAGCGUGGACGAGCGACGGCCCAGCGGGCCAGCACCCGCCUCAACUUCGGGACGCCGGCUCUCCGAGCAGCGCCGGUCCAGGAAGUCGCAGGUGGCAGAAACGCUGCUGAAAGCCAAAGAGCGCCUCGCCGGCGCCACCUCGGAGAGCUCGCUCUCGCUGGGCAGUGACGCUGAGCCAGCGGACACACCCUGGCUGCCGCGCCACUCCUGGGACGCCAAUCAAGAUGUGGCAGGGAUGGAGGUUCUGAUGUCGAGCUGCUCGCGGUGCCGGGCGUGCGGCUGCCUGGUGUACGAUGAGGAGAUCAUGGCGGGAUGGACGCCCGACGACUCCAACCUCAACUCCCGCUGCCCCUUUUGCGCCGCCUCCUUUGUGCCCUUCCUCAACGCCCGCGUCCGCGACCUCCAACUCCACGGCAGCAGCGAGGACAGGGGCAAGAUCGCCGCCCGGCCGCCCGACGAACAUCCGGCAACCCCGUGGUGUAACGGCGUGGGUGACAACUCGGCCUCUGAGAGUGACGUGGUGGCGGUGGCAUACGUGAGUCCACUGGUGCUGCGCAAGGAGCUGGAAAGCCUCCUGGACCACGAGGGCGAGGCGGUGCUGGGUCAGCCGCAGUUCCUGGAGAGCCACUGCAUCAUCUUCUGGAACCUUCUGUGGUUCUUCCAGCGCCUUGGCCUGCCCAGCCACCUGCUACGUCUCCUUGGCGAGCCGGCACAGGGCUCGUGUGUUCGCGUGAGGCUCCAGUGGGACACCCUGACCCACGACCCCGACGCGUGGCCGCCCCUCUACGUGCUGUGGCGUCUUCACAGCGGCGGGCCUGUGCGCGGCUCCCACUGGCGGCGCCACAACCACCCUUUCACACUGGCCUUCCUGGAGGAGGUCCUGCGCUGUGUGGGCAUGAAUGAAAUCCACAAAGCUGUCACGCUCUUCCUCGACACCGUCGACGAGGCACGCCGCCAUGCCCACUCUGCUGCUCCGCCGCUCCGCAGGAGCGUGUACCGGGAGUUGCUGUUCCUGACGCUGGCGGCGAUGGGCCAGGAUCACGCGGGCGCUUUCGACAAGAAGUACAAAGUGGCGUACUUGCGGCUGAGUGGCCAGCUGGGCAAAGACGAGCUGCGCCAGAGGCGAGCUCAGCCUCCCAGCGCCAGAGCCCUCGACUGCAGACGGAGCUUCCAGCCGCCGCUCCAGUGCUGAGGCUAGAGACGCCCUUCCCUCAGUCACGGCGCCUCGCCCCUCAUCCCGCAGCAGGCAGCUUUGCCCUCGGUCGCAACAUGGGCACCCCGGCUAACGCGCUGCCCGGCAAGCAGACGUCGCGGGAUGCUGCCUCUGCUGCUCGUCGUUUGUUGGGGAAAAAAAGCAUACAAAUGCCGUGAUAUGAGCGAGCAGAGACGCAGUCUCAAAUGAAUCUGCGGCAGCCCGUGACGUCAGGCCAAUGUCAUGCGAUGUCCUAAGGCGACGUUUGCGUGGAGAUAGUUGAGUGGUCCCUUUGUGACCAUGCAACCUUAGCCACGUGUCCACAAAAAAUGAAUAAAUGAAAAGUUGCUCUCGGGAUUGUUUAAAAAAAAAAAACUGCUGUGUUUCCUCUGUUGUUUUUGCAAGAAAAUAAACGCAGAGAAGAGCA